AUGGAGUUAAUUAAAGCGCACCGUGAUCUUUGUAAGGUACAAGUGGAGGGGUCGGGCGCAUUCAUAUUGCAGCUCAAUCAGGCGCUGUAUUUGAAACGUAUACGACGCCGCUCUCCAGCGACUACAGAGGCAGUCAUGGGGACACUAAUAGGCAAUGUAACAAAUUAUUAUCGAUAUGUAAAUGAAGAUUUAGCAGAUCCUCGUACCAAUAAAUUCAUUUUUGUUGGUAACCCGAUCCCGAUCUUAGUGAUACUGUACGUGUACCAUAGGUUUGUUAUGUCAUGGGGCCCUGCGUUCAUGGCCAACCGGCAGCCAUAUAAACUCAAGAAAACAAUCAUAGUAUACAAUAUUAUACAAAUAUUCCUAUCAGGAUACCUCACAUCAGAAUGCCUUACAAAGCUUUACCUGAACGGGCAGUACAGCUUAUGGUGUCAGAAGAUCGUAUAUGAGGACACAGAAUUUGAACGACUGGUCGUAAGCAGAGUAUGGCUUUAUUAUAUGAUAAAGAUCGUCGACCUGCUGGACACGGUAUUUUUCGUACUACGAAAGAAGUUCAACCAAAUUUCCUUCCUACACGUUUAUCACCAUUUAGGAAUGUGUAUACUGGGAUUUGUUGGCACUAAAUAUGUACCAGGUGGUCACGGCAUAAUGCUGGGUUUCAUCAACUCAACAGUCCACGCUGUUAUGUACACCUACUACCUGAUCUCCAUCGUGAGACCGCAGUGGGUGCGCCAGUGGUGGAAGAAAUACAUUACACAGCUUCAAAUCCUUCAGUUCCUGUUGCUGAUCCUCCACUUCGGCCACGUGCUUUUCGAGCCAUCAUGUGAAUAUCCCAAAUGGAUCUCCUUCAUGUUCCUGCCACACAACAUAUUUAUUCUAUUCCUAUUCUCAGACUUUUACAUCAAAGAAUACAUUAGAAAGAAAAAUAAAAGUAAAACGAACUAG